AUGUCGAAGCGCCCAGUUAUCGCCGUUGCUGGCCUCGCCUGCGAGACGUCGACCUUCUCGCCCGCCGUCACCCUCGCGCCGGCUUUCCAUCCCAAGCGCGGCGACGAGAUUGUCGAGCGCUACCAGUUCUUGCACGCCGAUCAGCCACUGGGGAAAGAGGCAGAAUGGAAGGGCGCCCUCAUCGGACACGCGCUUCCUGGAGGCAUUGUCACUCGCGAGGCCUUUGAGACGCUCUCACGGGAGAUUGUGGACAGGCUGAAGGGCAUCGUGUCUGAGAAUACCGUCGAUGGCCUGUGGUUCGAUAUCCAUGGCGCCAUGUGCGUGCAGGAGCUGGACGAUGUCGAGGCCGAGCUGCUGAGGCGAGUCCGCGCCGUCAUUGGGCCCGAAGUCAUUGUAUCGGCGUCCAUGGACCUGCACGGCAACGUCUCGCGAGGGCUGGCGCAUCAGUGCGACCUCAUCACCUGCUACCGCAUGGCACCGCACGAGGACGCAAUGGACACCAAGGAGCGGGCGUGUCGCAACCUGGUCAACGUCCUCAAAGGAAGAGAGCCCGACAAACGCCCCCUAAAAGCCUGGAUUCCCGUUCCCAUUUUGCUGCCUGGAGAGCAGACCUCGACGCGGAUUGAGCCGGCGAAGCAUAUUUACGCUGCUGUGCCCGACGUCGAAGCGGAGGAGGGCGUCUUGGAUGCGGCCAUCUGGGUGGGAUAUGCUUGGGCUGACGAGCCGCGGAAUCGAGCCGCCAUUGUUGUCACCGGAUGGGAUGAGAAGGCGGUUUCUCAGGGAGCAGAGAAGCUGGCGAAGCUGUUCUGGGACGCGCGGGCCGACUUCAAGUUUGUUGCGCCGACAGGCAGCUUUGCUGAAUGCCUUGAUGCCGCCGUCAAGGCGCCUCCUGAAGAGCGUCCGUACUUUAUCUCCGACUCGGGAGAUAAUCCUACUGCAGGAGGCUCGGGCGACGUGACCUGGGGGCUCACCAGGUUGUUGGAGCGGCCCGAGUUCAAGUCGCCGGAUUCUGGAUAUACGGUCAUCUAUGCAAGCGUGCCAGGACCCAAAGCCAUCGAAACGGCUGUCGCGGCAGGUGUUGGCGCAACUGUCACUGUGACUGCCGGAGCCGACGUUGACGACAUUCACGCGCCUCCUCUGACAAUGACUGGCCGCGUCCAUUCCAUCAAGCACGGCGAUCGCGAUGCCGUAACCGAAGUUGUCCUACAGGUCGGCUCCGUGUACGCCAUCUUGACCAAACUCCGGAAGCCGUAUCACAAAGAAAAGGACUUUACGGAUCUGAAUCUAACCCCGAGGUCGGCGGAUAUCGUCAUUGUCAAGAUUGGGUAUCUUGAGCCGGAGCUGUACGACAUGUCCAAGGGCUGGAUGCUAGGGCUGACGCCAGGGGGCGUUGAUCAGGACUUGGAGAGGUUGGGGCAUCGGCGGAUACGGAGACCAAUGUGGCCGUUUGAUCAAGAGUUUGAGAAGAUGCCUGAGUUGAAGACUGUGUGGAUUGACAGGUCGAAUGAGCCUCUAAGAGGACCGGAUGUAUGA